UCUACCACGACUGCGUUCCCAAACAGCUGACUUCACCUCCGAAAGCAAGACCGCAUUUGUGUUUCAUCUGCUCACUCAAAGCGCAAGAACAAGACGCAAGCACGCACAAGAUGAACAUCUUCAAUAGACUGACGCCUCUUAUAAUCACCCUCCUUUUGAGCUUCAUGACCAUAUUUUUUUUGUACACCCCAAACCCGAUCACUAUUACCAUAGACUCCUUUGAUGAUUCUAUCUUUGAAGCGUCAUGCUCCUGUAAAACUUGCGUCAUGGGCUUUAUGGACGAUGACUGGUUCGUUUAUCGAUACGAUCCCACCAUUCCAGCUCUGCUCAACAGAAAAAACAGUGCGUUACGUCGAGACACCAACAAAUGGUGGAGGGGUCUACAAUCAUCAACACCCAGAGUUAACUACACAGAGGUGGUGGAUCAGCUGUUUUCUCUCUUCCCCGAUAAGGAGCACUACUCAGAUGCCAGUCCAGAUCGCUGCAGAACCUGUGCUGUGGUGGGAAACUCGGCAAACCUUCUGGGAUCCCAUUAUGGGUCUCUCAUAGAUUUGCAUGAUGUUGUCUUUAGGAUAAAUAAAGGCCCGACAAAAGGUUAUGAGAAGGAUGUGGGGUCUAAGACGACUCACCGGAUUCUGUAUCCUGAGAGCGCUGUGGACUUGGACAACUCCACCCAUCUUGUCCUUUUUCCCUUUAAGAUUCGUGACAUGCAGUGGCUCAUAAGUACUUUCACCACUAGACACAUUACACGCACCUACACACGAGUCAAGUCUUCAGUCAAUGCAGACGAGAACAAGGUGAUGAUCCUCCACCCUGCUUUCAUAAAAUACGUCUAUGAGAAAUGGCUGCUGAAACAUGGCAGAUAUCCAUCUACUGGCUUCAUUACAAUAUUAUUUGCCCUGCAUAUCUGUGACCAGGUGAAUGUCUUUGGGUUUGGGGCUUCAAGUACUGGAACCUGGCAUCAUUACUUUGACAAAACUCGCACUCACUAUAAAGGCGGCCCUCAUGGUGGAGACUUUGAAAACAAAACAAUGCAUCAGCUUCAGCAGAGAAACAAGAUUUCAAUAUAUAAAGGGUAUAGAUAAAAAUGACCAGAAACAUACAUGGUCUGUUCAAUGGGUUUUUUUUGUUUUUUGUGGUCAAAACAUAUUAACUUGUGGAAAUAGAUAUGUUGUGGCCACGUGAUCCUAUGUUGAGGGAACGACACUAUUUUCUUGUGGCCAAGAGUUUAAUGCAUUAACAAACCUUAUGACUACCCCAGUUUUGCUAUGUUCAUGCAGGUUUGUUUACGCAUUAAACAGAGAAACAAGAUUUCAAUAUAUAAAGGGAUAAAAAAGGCAGUUCUUCCAUUUAAUGAAAAAUUUCAAAACUAACACUGCUAUUAUUGUUUUAAGAUAUGUAGCAAAUUCUCUAUAAUGCCCUACUCUUAUUUAUAAUGCCUUACUGUAUCACUGUAAACAUAUUCAAUGUACCUGUUGUU